AUGAAAAUUGAUAGCAUUGGUCAUCAUUUUAUAUCAUUUUGUCUAAUCUUAGCGCUAAUUAAAACAGUUGAAUCGAUAAAGUGUUAUCAAUGUAGUAGUGAUGAAGAUCCAGAAGGAGAAGACAAUUGCGGUGCUUAUCAACACUUCGAUCAAAACAAGAACAUUGCGGUCGAGUGUAUGGGAGAGGAGGCUCUGACACCCGGUACAUUUUGUUUCAAAUCCAUACAACAGGGACCUCGAGGUUUCAUUUGGGACGGCAGGUGGAGGACUGUUAUCAGAAGGUGCGCUCAGGUCAGCGAAAGAGGUAUCUCAUGGGGUUGUGAUUGGGGAUACAAAGACAACGGCGUCUAUUGGGAAGAAUGCUAUUGUGCUGAAGACUCGUGUAAUGGAUCCACAAGUGUAGGCAUCACUUUAACCACCGUUUUUAUAUCACUUAUUGUAUCAAUUGUCAGCAUCUAUUUGAUCACAUUUACCCAUUAUUGAUUAGAUCCAUACUGUUUCACUAACUAAUACCAACUAUUAUUUGUAAAAUGAU